AUGUUUAAUCAAAUUAGGAUACAUCCCAAAGACCAGAUAUACCACCGAUUCUUGUUUCGACGAAAUGAAGACGAAGAUCCUAAGAUUUUUCAAUGGCUACAGUUAAAUUUUGGAGAUAAACCCGCACCGGACAUUGCUACAGGAUCUAUUAAGGUAUUAGCUAAAGCCUGCCAAGAAGAUUUAUCCGAAGCCUCCAGACAACUGCAAGGCAACGUUUAUGUUGAUGAUAUCGGUGGCUCAGCCCCAACUCCCGAAAAAACCCAAAACAUUAUUACGGAUAUCGACACCAUCCUAAACACGGGGAAUUUCCAGGUCAAAUCGUGGAAUUCUAAUCACAAGGAAGUUGACAAGUCAAAGGAAAAAUGCACUACCUUCCUCGGACAUAAGUGGAAUAAAGAAAUUGAUGUAUUCACAUUCAAGAAAGAGCUCGAUAUUAGACCAGAGAAAACAUUCACUAAACGAAGAUGUCUAUCCGUUGUAUCGCAACUUUGGGAUCCUCUCGGACUGGUCUUGCCUGUGAUGAUAAAGUUUAGAGUGGAUCUCCAAGAUCUAUGGGCAUCAGGCUUUUCAUGGGAUGAAGACCUACCAGAUGCCGUCCAAAGUAAAUGGAUCGACAAUUUCCAAGUAUUGAACGAAGUCCCUAAUAUACAAUUUAAUCGAAAGCUCAAGCCAGAUAAUGCAGUCGACAAGCCUGAAAUACACGGAUUCUGCGACGCAGGAGAAUUAGCGUAUGGAGCAGUAAUUUUCCUUAGAUGGAAAUGUGAAGACGGUAGUUACAGUUUUAUUCCCAUUAUGGUCAAGGCAUUCGUGGCUCCGCUUAGAAAAAAGUCUAUUCCAAGAUUAGAAUUACUUGGAUGUCUAGUUCUAACCCGUAUUUACGCAGCACGUGUUCAAGCGUUGAAAUUCGCUAAUGCAAAAGAUUGGAAUUAUGUACUCUGGACUGAUUCACAAACCGUCCUCUCUUGGAUCAAGACACCGGCAAGGAAAUUCAAACCGUUUUUAUCAGUAAGAGUGGCUGAAAUUCAAGAAAGUGUAAAUGUUGGAAAUUUCAGAUACGUUAAAUCGAAAGACAAUCCUGCAGACGCUCUUACGCCUGUAUUCUAA